AUGCAGCUUCGCAACGAGAUGCAGAUCCUCUUCCAAGCUCACACACUCGCUACCUCCACAAAAGACGACGAUCUGGUUGUUCUGAUAGACAAAUGGCGCACAGCCAGCCGAACGGUAGCGGAAGAGUUGUUCGCCACCACGCGCGACAAGGUCAACAGAAUGGGCGGCGUUGGAGCGUGGAACGCGCGAGAGAAAGAAGGGAAGGAGCGCCAACAGCAGUGGGACAAGGAAGAAAGAGAGGCCGAGAGGGAGAAUAUGGAAGAGGCGAGGGAGAACGGAGAGAUUGGGGACGAGGCCUAUGACAAAUACGCGGAGAUGGCCGAGGAUAACGGUGGUGAUGACAAGGAGGAAGAGACGUUCAAGGCUGCCGACGAUGACUCUUUCACCAUGGACAUGAUGCUCAAGACGUUGAACAUCGAUCUCGAGCUCAUCGGAUACAACAAGGAGGCGCAGCGAUGGGAAGGAUGA